CAUGACUUCAGCAUGAUUCUGUUGAUUUAAUUCAAAUUUUUUUGGGGUUUAUCAGAACUGAAUUCUCUCAUAUUUAUUCAAGUUCUCUUUUAUCAAAAGAAUGUUUAUCGGUGCUCAUCAUUGCAACGCGACUGCGAUUUGACAGUUUAUAAUUUUCCGGGUCAAUUUUCGACAACGCCAUCUUCUCUUGUUGGUGAAAGAUUACGCUGAAACACAUAAGCGGCUACAAUUCGCGAUCGCUGCUGCAGUCUGCAGCGCAAAUGAUAUAACAAAACAUUUUUCGCAGUAAGCGCAGUGGAAGGAGCUGCAGCUGUGCGUUCGCCGACGUCGAUUUUUGCGUGCUAAUAUAAUCGCUCCUGAAAACAACGACGCGAAGUGUGCCUCGAGUGUUGCUGCUGCUGCGCAAAGAAAGAGCUGUUAUUGCUGAUUUUCUGCAGGCCAAAGUCCAAGCGUGCGAAUAAGAGACAGAGUUCGUGUGUGCCUGCUGCUGCUCGCUGUCUACACAAGCGAGUGCGAAUAUAAGUGAGGACAUAGAACAACAGCUGAUUUGCGCAAAAGCUAUCUUCUAUUAUAUCGUGUUACACUCGAGACGUGAUCGUGUGUACCGAAGCGAAGCGCUUGUGUGGGUCAAUUUGCAAAAUAAGCCCGGACCGUCUUGCGUGCACGCACCACCCCAGCAAUCACUUGGUGGCUGGUGGUUUGGAAUCGUCGGGGCCGCAGGCACAGACUAGAGUUUUGACCCGAGAUAUUACGAUUUUCCGUAUAUAGCUAUAGCUGCAGCUAUAUACAGCACAUAAAAGCGUCGCGAAUUCGUUAGUUUAUCGUUGCAGCGUGAAUAUAUAACUAUAUCGCUCGGACACGACGACGUCGACGACGACGACGACGACGACUUUUGCUCGAUUGAAGAGAUUCCAAAUUGAGUGAGGCAACAGUCAGUGGAAGAAGAAUAGCAGCAGGCGACUGACAAAACAACGUUCUAUCAAAAGCUGAAUUGAUACACUAAUCGAGGAAGAGUUAGAAAGGAAUCGAUCCAGUUCUAAAUGAAAAUUCAAAAAUGAAUAACGAAAAUGAUGAUACUGAAGGCCACAGCAUAACUGAUGUUGAAUUUAUGCCAGUUGUACCAACUAAUCCUUACCUAUCUGUGAGCCAACCAUGUGUCAAUGUGUGGAAGGAAAAAUUGAGCAAGGGUAUUUUAACAAAUACUCAUUUCAAAGAACAUUGGCGUAUAUGGGUUCCAAAAAUCUACAAACUUCAGCCAACAGACAAUUGUCUAGAAUGGCAAUUUAACGAAGACCAAGCUAGUAAAAUACUUUACGGUCCACUUGAAGAAUUCAUUCUCGGUGGCGAACCUUCUGAAGUUCUCAAACAGCUCAGCCAAAAUGACAAACCACCAUCUGUGUGCGGACGAGUUUUCAAAAAUGGGGAACCCACUUACAGUUGCAGAGAAUGUGGGGUGGAUGCUACUUGUGUCCUCUGUGUUGAUUGUUUUAAACAAUCAAUUCACAAAAAUCAUAAAUAUAAAAUGGGUAUCUCUGUUGGUGGAGGCUGUUGUGACUGUGGAGAUACCGAAGCUUGGAGAAAUGGACCAUAUUGCGACAUACACCAUGCUGGAAUAGAAUUAAAAGAUGUACCACCCAAGACAUUACCUACAGAAAUGCAGGAGCGAGCAGCCACAACUUUCACAGCUGUUCUAAGAUAUUGCUAUGAUUUACUUUCCAUGGAACAUAGUCCUAGUUUACCUGCAGACCUUUGUGUCAAAAAUACUGAUGAAGAUUCAGUUUCUUUUCAAGCAUCCAACGACACAUAUUGUACUGUUUUAUUUAAUGAUGAGAGUCAUACAUUCGACCAGGUAAUCGUAACACUUACUAGAGUAAUUAAGUGCUCUCAACGUGAUGCUAUAGAAUAUGUCACAAAUAUCGACCGUGAAGGCCGUGCAGUUGUCAAAUGUUCAGGAUUUCAACAUUGUCAAGAUUUGAAGGUGGAAAUUGAACGCUUUACCAACCGACACAGUAAUCGUCCGUUAAAAGUUCUCGUUGAACAUUCGCACGUGAUAGCGCAUCAAAUUUUCGCCAUGAAACUAUUGAGUUGGUUGCAACAUUUUAUCAGUCACGGCGAAGGAUUCAGACGUAUUUUCACUGAUGUAGCUCUCGAUGCGAAGUCACCGGACAUACCGAUAGCCAAAGGAAUUAUGGUUAGAGAUUGGCAGUUAUGGAAAGCUGCUAGAGCGGCUUGGCAUCGUCUAUUCAUCGCCGGCAUGCUUACCGAGUACGAAAGCAAAAAGAAACUUUCGAUUAUGUUCACUAGUAACUACGGCACUGUAUUAAAGGACUUCAUCGGUGAUGAUCAUGACCAUUCAUAUUCCAUUGCAUCGUUGGCAGUACAAUUAUUCACAGUACCCACCUUGGCCUAUCAUUUGAUUGCUCAUCAUGAAGCACUUUUUGUAUUGCUUAAUACUUUUUUAUCUGAGAGUCAAAGAAAGUGCAAUGCGAACGGAAAGCUUGAAUUUGAGAGGAACACACCGAAUAAUUCUUUCAAACGAGCUCAAUACAUACUGUACGACUUGCGAUAUCUGCUGAGUUCGAAACCCGAUACUUGGUGUGACGAGCUGCGGCGCGGAUUCUUAUUGGGUAUGUCAUUACUGUUACAACUGUUCAGCUCUAUGCAAAUGAUGGAUGCCGUCGUAAGACAAGUCGGACAACACAUGGAAUAUGAACAAGAGUGGGAGUCAGCAUUUAAUCUGUACAUCAAGUUGUCCCCUGUGAUAAGUUUGACCAUCGAGUGGUGCAGUACUGACAAAUUAGUAAUGAUAAAAACUCUACGAUUGCUACUGAAGAAGAUCAAAGAUAUGUCACACGUCGCAGUGAUAACCGCCAAGCGCGUAGCCCAUCGCGAAGCAACGUGCAUUAUGUACGACGUAGCCUCGGAACCAGUAUCGAUACACCUACCGUUAUCGCGGCUACUUGCAGGUUUGCUCUUACACGUCGAGAAAUUCGGCCUUUCGCUUUCCAGUUCUGAAUUCGAAAUUGCCCCACGGCUCGGCGUGGAAGAAAUCAUCGAGCCAGUAUUGCGCGCUCAGGUAAUGAUAUCACAGGUACAUGCAGGAAUGUGGAGAAGAAAUGGUUACUCCUUGAUUCAUCAACUUUACUUCUAUCACAACGUUAAAUGUCGAACUGAAAUGUUGGACCGCGACAUUGUUUUGCUUCAAUUUGGAGCAGUUGCGAUAGAGAGUAACGAGUUCAUAAUCCACGUACUCAACAAGUACAAUUUGGUGAAUUGGGCGCAACCAGAGUUUGAAGAAAAACUUCCAGACUCAAACGACGACGACACUAUAAGGCAAACUAUUAUACUUAUUGAAGAAUUUUUAGGUUUGAUGAUAACGAUAAUAGCAGAGCGCUACGUUCCAGGCGUUGGUCGAGUAACCACCGACGACUGCAUGAAGAGGGAAAUUAUCCAACACUUAUGCAUCAAACCUCUGUCACACUCUGAGAUUCAUAAAGUUCUGCCAGACGACAUUCAUUAUGAGACCGGAAUGGAGCGAGUAAUUAACGACAUUGCAGAUUUCAAAAAACCUCAAAGCUCCGGGGGUAAGGGAGUAUACGAACUAAAACCCGAAUUUUACGAAACCUACGACGUCUUUUUUUAUCAUUAUACGAAAGAGGAAUUGAGCAAAUCGGAAGAAAUACAACGAAAGCGACGAAAGAACGCUGGUCAGCUCGAGUGCUGUCCACCUCCGCAGCUACUUCAUUUAACCGAAAUGUUUACGCCCAUCGUAAACCUACUACAAUGCGACGUUAUGCUGUCGCUUAUGCGCCUAAUUUUGUUACGAGCCCUUGAUUUCAAAGCUCGAAGCUUUUCUGAACCACAAGUGCACAAGAUACUGCAUCUCAUUGGUUACGCCUUGCAAGAGCAAGAGACGGGACGUUAUCCUUUCUUCAAUUUUACCGAAAAAGCUGAAGCUCAGGAAAUUUUCAAGUUACUGGAAUCUCUAAAGAGUAGUGUGAGAAUUGAUGCUCACAAAGAUCUUCUUCUCUGGGUCCUUGAAAAAUAUAGGAAAAUGAGUGGUUCCCCCGAUAUGAAAAAAGAGCCAGAAACACCAGUUUCUCCAAAACUUGAAGGAGAGGAUGCAGACGCAAAAGUUGAGAAAGGAAGUCAAGAAUGGCGCAACAAGAUGGCAGCGAAAAAACGUGCCCAAAUCAUGGCUCAGAUGCAGGCAGCUCAGAAGAUGUUCAUGCAGCAAAAUGCACAAAUUUUCGAAGAAGCGGCACUUUUGGACACAAGUAAUAAGAGUUUACAAGGGCAUGGCUCAGCGAUGGAUCUCAGUGAAAACUUAGACGAUACAUACGUUGCAUUGGGACCGCGACAGUCAACCCGAUCUACCCAAGAGCGCACGUUCACGUGUAUUUUAUGUCAAGAGGACCAACCUAUAACACUGGCUCAUGGGUCAGCUAUAGUAAGGGCAGCUUUUGUACAACAAUCUUCCGUACUUUUCCAAAAUCCACAAACUCCCACGAUAUCUGCGACGGCGACGGCGCCGUCGACAUAUCAAGAGCCAACUGCGUUGUUUCUGUCAUCUCGUCUCGGUCCUUCUCCUCAUACAAGUACUUGUGGACACACUAUGCACGUUGUUUGUUGGCAGAAAUACUUCGAUAACGUGAUGGCGAAAGAGAAUCGACGUCCUUAUCGGCUUCGCCAACCAAACAGCUUUGAUAUUGAGAAGUCUGAGUACUUAUGCCCACUAUGUGAAUGUCUUAGUAACACUAUACUACCGGUUUUACCGACUUUAGCCAUAAUACAGCCAACCGUACAGUCACAACGCGAAAUAAGCUUUGAUAGAUGGUUAGAAAUCAUGCAAGCUGUGGCCAAAUGCCGGGGUAUUCGAGAUACAGCACCAAUGGAAUGCGAUGUACAUGAUCCUGAAUGUCGGUACUGCCGAUAUUUGGCGCAAGGGCUACCCAUAACAGAUGAUGGCGAUGCCAAUUCUCUCAAAACUGAAGCUCCAAAGCCUGCUCAAAUUCGAUCUUGUCCUAUAGAAGUUUGUAAAUCGUUUGAAGAAGGAGACGAGUUAUUACGUCUCUACAGCCAAUAUGGGCCCGUGUUGUCCGAACAACUUGUUAACAUGAUUGGAUUGUACGUACAAACUACUUUCACAAAAGGUUUGAGUUUGAACUUCAAUGCUGUAGAUACACGGGUGCCAUUGCUGGCAUGGAAAUCUACUGCAUACACUGUACACGCUCUAGAGUUUCUAUUGCGCGAGACAAAGAAGCCUCUUCUAGGAUCACUUUCUUCCCGCCAACACGAUACUUUGGAAUGUUUGGCCAGGGUAAGCUCUGUUCUGGGUUCUACUUGGUUGACCCCAAGCAUCCAUGCAGAUUGUAUAUCCGAGGAUGCAUUAAGAAUUCUAAGUCUGCUUCUAAACAAUGCUGAGAGUGAUUACAGCAUUCUGAAUUGGGACUCCUUUGGAUUAUUGGUAACUCUGAUUUCCACCUUAUCCAGUUUAUUAAGCACUUUGAAAGAUGGGAGAUUCUCAUGCGUGAGUGGACACGUAGGUGACUGGCACACAGUUAGGCUCGUUUUCAUCGCUCAUAUUGUCAAAAUUUUGCUCACUUUAAAUUUGGAUGAAGACGUACCGAUGGAUACUGAAAAUGACGACGAAGAAAUAAUCAUGGACGUCGAAGAGAAGGCAGCAGAAUCUUUGUUACCUCUAAUGGAACGCUUGAAUUUGUCCUGUGGUAGAUUCACAGUCGGACAAGUUUGGAAGCGCGUGAAGCAAGCUUGCGCGCCGUUCUUACGCUGCUGUACCUUGUAUUUCCACUUCGUGACCGACGUUGCUGUCCCGACAGAACUGACCAUGAUGCACGGCGAUACGUACGAAAAUAUGUGCCGUUACCUCGGCAUGCCAGAAACCUGCAAUGAACUCCUCGAUUCACAGGUAGUGAGGGAUCUAGCGGCCAGUUGGAUACAGCAUCCAGCCCUCAGCGAAGACAAAAUCAACUGCGUGAAGGAACCUCUCAAAAUUAAUAGAUUCGUCGAUUUACCCGAAGACUAUAGCGAACUUAUGAACACGGUAUCGAUGUUCACUUGUCCAAACAGCGACAAAGAGGACUCGAGAAACCCGACCAUGUGUCUGGUUUGUGGUGCGAUGCUGUGUUCACAAAGUUACUGUUGUCAAAUUGAGCUGAAUAAAGUCAAUGUCGGAGCUUGUAUACAUCAUGCCCAUACGUGCGGUGCAGGAGUUGGCGUCUUCCUUAGAGUAAGAGAUUGCGAGAUUGUUUAUCUGCGUAGUCCUAACAGGGGUGCUUACCAGUGUCCACCUUACUACGACGAGUAUGGGGAACCUGAUCAGGGUCUGCAUCGGGGUAACCCUCUCAAGCUAUGCAGAGAAAAGUAUCAGAUCCUGCACCAGACGUGGCUCAGUCAUGGCGUAUACGAGGAAAUCGCUCGGCACGUUGAUGCUCAAUCGCAAACCGCCUCGGGCUCCUGGCAACACCUGUAAAAUAAAAAAGAGGAAUAUCUAUUGUUGUCUUAAUUACUCGCUUUCUUAACAUUGGUUCGAUUCAUAUUUUUUGGGUAGUCUUUUUUUUUGUUAUCAGAACUGAGUAGUGCUACAAAACUGCAUCUUAUCGAGUGUACAGCAAAAACCGCUUGAUUAUCUCAAGUAUGGUCGUGAAGAAUUCAUCUUGAAAUUUCAUCUCAGCGUGAAAAUUUUUUUAAACUAAAAAUAAAACGAGAGCUUGCGGAUAUUAAGUGAACUCUAUCCACCGCUUUCAUUGACAACAUAAAAGAUAUAAAGAUUUAAACAAGUUGUAUAUUUUAUUAUUAAAAUUAAUUGGAUAUUAUAUAGUUAAAUAUUAUCGUUAAGACCAUUUUUCAGAUUGUUUUCAAGUUAACUGGUCUUACUUAGAGCAAAUUAUAAUUUUUAUUACAAUGAAUCAUUUCUGUAUUAAUAUUAAAGACAUUAGAGUUUAUUAGGAAUAUUUUAACUUUGUCAUUUAAAUGUGAUGUGAUUGCCAUUUUUGUAAAUUUUUAAAUAAUUACACUUUCGAAACAGGUAAAUCAUAGUCGAUUUGCGACGAACAAUUUUUCUGGCGAUCAGGGCUACAAGAGUGAAAUUUUCAAUAGGAACAUUUAUGUUUGAUUGCAGUAAUGCUGCAAGAUUAAUACAAAUUGAUAAUUUUUUGUGUUCAAUAAAUGAUAAAGAAUAAUGUUCUUUUACUGAAUGUGAAUUAAAGUUUUUAAAAGUAUACAAUACA